AUGGGCAAGGAAAAGACUCACAUCAACAUAGUUGUAAUUGGACACGUAGAUUCGGGCAAGUCCACCACAACCGGCCACCUGAUCCACAAAUGUAGUGGAAUCGACAAAAGAACCACUGAAAAGUUUGAAAAGGAAACUGCCAAGAUGGGAAAAGGCUCCUUUAACUAUGCCUGGGUCUUGGACAAACUGAAAGCUAAGCGUGAGCAUGAUAUCAUUAUUAACAUCUCCAUGUGGAAAUUUGAGAACAAUAAACAGUUGCUGUGGGUGUCAUCAAAGCUGUGGACAAGAAGGCUGCAGUAG